UCCUCCGCCUGACCGCCGCCAUCAUAGUCACCAUCACCAUAAUAUGUGAAUGGUAUCGUUGCCGCCGCGGAGGUAUUUCUAGCUAUCAGUAUAAGCUCUCCGCUAGGACUCUACGCCGGCAUCCCAUGCAACUGGAAUUGCAGAGGGGCAUGCUCUGAUUCUGCAUUACCAUGGGAAUUCAAAGAAGGCAAGGAGAAAUACGUGCUUGGAAGAGCAUCUGCAAGAUAGUGGAACAGGGUUUGUGAAGCGUGGGCUAGGUUUGAAAUGAAUCAAAAGCAGGAACUCUUCGAACGAGACUACAGGAUGGUAAGUGCUAUAUAUGCUAGCUGAGUGAGUGAAGGUUAGGCAUUACUUCUUUCAUCAGAACCAAUACUCCGCUCGCACUAGUAUAUGUCACAUUCUAUUCUUCUGAAUUGGUGGCGAGAUAGAGAGACGAGAAUAAGGAGUAAGCGGAGACGAUCCUGACCUGCGUGAAAUAUAGUGGAGCAUUAUGAUGGGCUGGAAUGAGGUAUGUUAUUUAGUUUUAAUUUUGGAACGUUUAGCUAGCUAGCUAAUAAACAGGAAUAUGUCAAUGUAAUCCUUUUGACACCGCAAUAUGUUACGCAUUUUGCAGGGAAGUCUCUCUGAGUAACUAAACCAUAAUCGCUACCCGGAAGAAACAUGUACCGGCAAGUUUACCUCUCACUCGGAGAGGAAUUUUUACUUCAGUGCUAUCCUACGGACGGGUAGCGGAAUGAAGAUGUAAGGUGAAAGAAAAAGCCAGAAUUCAGCACUAAGAGGGUACAAAAAGCAAUAGGUAAGAUGUCUAGAUAUAAAAUGUGAAUGAAAGCCACUGAUGUGCCCCUUAAAUGGGAUGCAGACACCUCAGUUCGAGAUCUCGAUACUUUGAACCAUCCACUUUUGGAGUUUCAGGAAAGGAAAUGAUAGAACAGAGUAGGAUUGAUAUUCACAUUAUAUUCUCCAUGCAACCCAAGCUAUGGAGGUCCAUAAAUAACACAAGUAAAGAUAUACGCUUCAAGGAGGUUCCGAGACUUUUGCUAGAUGAACAUUGGCUUCUAUAUGUUGAGGUUGUGAAGGUGCAGUCUGCAAGAGAAAUAAUGAGAUGGUCAUAAGAUGGAGAUAUUCACCAUCUUCUAUACCCCUCUUGAAUUUGGAAAUUAAAGAAAAAAUUGAAAAGUGAAUUCACUCUAUCAUGUAUGCUGGAUGUGAAAGAUAAACAAUAUGGGCCUAAAAGCUGAGGUCCAAGAUCUGACUUUUUCUAAUUACUCAAGGUCUUCAAAAAGAAAUAUGUGCCUCCAAAGACAAUAGUAUCCAAAAUAACCUAGUAAGUUCUCAUAAUGGCAGCCUUUGAUUCUUUUUUGUAACACAUAGGCAACUGACGACAAGAUGCAGUCUUUAUUCCUCAUGGCUUUCACAUUCGCAUUGCCUUACACAUCGUUUCACGAUGGCUCUACUGAUCUCAACUUCGAUAAUGAGCAAGCCAGUAUUCCUAAUGAUCAAGAAAGAGAGUACGACGCGGAUGUAGAAGAAGAAUCAAAAUGCGAAGUCGAUAGCUUGAUCUACUCCCCUACCCAAACAGCUUCCUCCACAAUUAUCGUUUGGCGAACCUUCAAUACCACACAAUCGGGCACCGCAGGAGUCGAGGUAGCUCAGGUUGAUAUUGCUGCUCAAGCAGAAAUUCUUAAGGGUGUAAAUUGGCAUGCCGUUCGAACUUCGCAGAUCGGACCCUUACAGACUGAUGCCCCUCAAUGCAGUGGUUGGACGCCCAUCAACGUGCGUCCAACCAACACUUCCCAGAUUAGCAGAGAAAACGCCUCCACUUCCGAUGCUGAAGACACUCAAGCUAGCGUUGCUCAAAGUACUUGCUGGUCCGUCACCAGUGGUUCGCAGACCGAUACCUCACAGGCUACCAGUAUUGAAGCCGAUAAUAAGUCAUCCAGCUACCCACAGAUGCAAAAUACAUUGAAUCUACGCCGUAGGAGAAUAGUCAAGUCCGUCAUGAGUACCAUGGUUGAUAUUCCCCAGCUCAAGGUCCACUUCAAAAGAUGUAAGAAAGAAUAUUGCUCUGUCCCCACCAAGGAGAAAAUUAAGUGGUUCAGACACCGCACCGCAUGUUUAAAUAUGGGCAGGAGCGUUGAAUAUGAUCCCGACAUGGCGGUCUUGACGUCAGAGUGGCACAAAUUCUUGGAGAGACGCAGAUGGUUGAAGAGUGAAAUGUUGAGGACCAAGAAUCUUUAUAAAUCUUCAAGACGUAGACGUCAAGAAAGUACCCAGUGUAGUCUGAGAGCAAGUUAUGAUAUUGCGUUCAUCAAGUCACUUGCGGAGAGCUGAAGAACGUUGAUUAGUGGGGCGGGCAUUGUUACUAAGAAGUUGAGAUUUGAGGUACGAACGUUGGGGAAUGAAGUGGCCAUUGUUUUAAGAAGUGGGAGACCUGAGUUACUUACAUCAUCCAGCAGAUAUCUUUUUUGGUGUAUCAACGGUCUCUUGCCAGCGGUGGGUGGUGGAUAUAGGAAAUUAUUCGCAAUUAUCAGCAUAUUUAUGAGGAACAUGGGCAAUAAAUGAAAUACAUUAUACCAAAAUCUGCUUC